GAAAACACCGGUCAAGGUCCGCCAGUGCAUCUGGACGAACAGGGAAGUCUCUCUGUGUCAUUUAAGGACAUACAUUUAACUGGAUACUGGAGUUCGCUGGUAUAUGGGCACCCAGGCGCUGUUUUGAGACCGCAUAUUCUGUGUGAUAUUUAGGGAGAAUGCGACUCUCAUUUGAUUGUAGCGAUAACAUUAGUUCUAGCUUGUAAGAUUAUAGCUAACCUGCUGGUAGCAAUGGUGUUAGCUAGCGAAGUCUGGUAAAAUCGUUUAUGAUCGACAUGUUUUUUUAGAAACUCUAAUGUGCCCCACGCGUUGGAGGAUAACUGAACUGAAAGUAAUAAUUUAUUCUAAGAGUUCUAUAUUGUGAGGUUUUUAGUUUUGGGGUUAACGUGCAUAUGCAAGACUGAACAGCCCAAACGUUCAUGGUCAUUUUUCUGCCAUGGGUGUAGUUAUUCGCAAUCUCCAGCACGUGGUGCCUGUGCGGCGCGCGAGACUACGCAAAGAUGUAGAAACGUUGAGGCAUAUUUUAGGCAUUCAGAAAUUUGACGUGGGUUUAAUAUGUGUUGACAACUGUAAGAUCCAACGGAUAAACAACAUCUACAGAAAAAAGAAUGCACCAACGGAUGUACUAUCUUUCCCCUUCUACGAGGACCUGAGACCCGGUAAACUCCCGUGUGGAUUGCAAAGAGACGAGCACAACCUCGGUGACAUAUUCCUUGGAGUGGAGUAUGUGAUGCAACAGUGUAAAGGGAAAUCUCAAGACUUUCACAGCACAUUGACAGUGGUCACAGCUCAUGGGAUUUGUCAUUUACUCGGAUACAGACAUGACACAGACGAAGAAUGGAAAGAGAUGUUCCAGAGAGAAAGCUACAUUUUGGCAGAAUUCAACAGACUGACUGGCAGCCGACUGGAACCACUUUCAAACAAAUGUUCUCAAGAUAGAUAAUCAUGUUAUUGCCUGGGGGACUAACGUGACCGGUGGACCACGCUGUCCCAACUCUGAUGGUGACCCAGUGCACUAUUCAACAUUAUACCUCAAGGUCAUGCUGAUGAACUUUUACUCUAUCUUUACACUGUGUGAUAAGGGUCGUGCCAAGCAGCUAUACUUGAUAAUUAAACACAAAAGAGAUGUC